AUGAACGAUAGCCAUAUCAUCUACGCUGAGCUCCUUUCGGCUGUUUUUCGAUUGAACAACUUUAGCACAAUUCUGUAUUUUGGCCCAGAAGAUGCCAAGGGACGUUGCCAAAUGGAGAAUUGGCUAAGAUGGACGGGAAAUGCGAUACCUUGGCUGUUGUGGCGCUCGGAGAUAUCCUUGAAAUUGAGUAGUUUCAUCAAUUCCGAGCUGCUCGUCAUUGCCUGUCUGCCCGGAGUUUAUCGUCAGGAUUUGUUGAGAAUCGUGUCGAGUUCGUUGCAAUACAUGCGACAGACAAAACUACUCAUCGAAUUGGCCAACAAUCAGGAUUUGGGCCUGGUCAAUCGUGUGCUUUUGUUUUGCCUAAAGAAUCAUAUGCUGAAUGUGGCUCUGAUCUUUGGGGAUUUUGGAAAAACACAGACAUUAUUUCGCUACGAUGCAUAUCCCAAUUACCAGUUAAAGAGUCAGAAAUUUGGACAAGAGUUGUUAAGCUUGUAUCCUGAGCAGGGACUGGACUUGAAGGGUUUUCAGCUGCGUACACAGCCGGAUCUCUCGGAGCCCAACACAAUACUCUCCCAUGAUAAUCAAGGCAAUCCUCGACUCUUUGGCUACGUUUGGAACAUGCUGGUGGAAUAUUCUCGCAAACACAAUGCCAAUCUGCGACUGACUUCGGUGCCUCAACUGAGCAGACCCCUGAGCCACAUUCAGGUGUUGGAUUUAGCCCGGGAUAAAGUUGUGGACAUUGCAGCGAGUGUUCAACCUAUAACCCUACGAUAUGUGGAAAGAUAUCAUGAGUAUGCUUAUCCCGUGCACAUGGGCAGCUGGUGCACGAUGGUGCCCAAGGAGAAGCUCAUCGGUGUGAGGGAUUCCUUCACCUGGUUAAUGCCUGCCAUCACCAUCUUUUACUUGGUUAUACUUUGGAUAAUCUACGAACUCCUGAAAACACGUUGGCAGCGUCAUGGUCGUCUUUUGGGCAUAGGCUGGUUGAUUCUAGCAGUUCUACUGACAUCCAACGCUCAGGGUCGUUUAAUCUCCCUGUUUACAGCGCCACCUUCAAAGUCCCAGGUGGAUAGCUUCGACGCACUCUUCAAAUCCAAAGUACGCAUCUUUGGACUCCGCAGCGAGUACAGUGGCUAUGACUUUGAUAUGAGAACCAGGUACUCUGCUGCAUUCCUGCUGAGCGAUAGCAUUUCCGAUUUAAUAUCGAUGCGUAACUCGUUAAACACCUCGUAUGCCUACACCGUCACCUACACCAAGUGGUUGCUUUAUGCGGAGCAACAGGCUCAUAGCACCAGACCAUUGUUUUACUUCUCCAAGGAUCUCUGCUAUUAUCAAACUAUGCCCUUCGCUCUGGUUAUUCCCGAGAACUCGCCACAUCGGGCCACGCUGGAUCGCUUUAUGCUGCAAUUGGGACAAUCUGGUCUAUAUGCCCACUGGACGACUAUGAGUUUCAAUUACAUGGUGCAAGCGGGUCGUCUGACAAUGCGUAAUCUAAGUGUACCGCAUGAGAUUCGUUCAUUGAGGACCCAGGACCUGCAUGAUGUUCUAUACGCCUACGCAGUGGGCGUCUUUAUUAGCUUAACCCUGUUUGCCUGUGAGCUAAUUAUGUUUCGACUAAGGCGCUGGCUAACCAUAUAAAGAGUAGUUAUAGUGUUAUCAUUGUCCCAAUUCAACAACAAAGCACGAAC